CGACAAGCUACCAUACCUCUCCAAACAAAGAAGAGAUUGUUGCUACAGGGCUCGCCGCGAGGAAGCAGAGAUUACACUUUUCCAUCGGAGCACUCUCGCAAUCACUGAGCAACAAGAAUGUGGUAUUGGAUGCCAGUAUGGACCGGUAUGCUGCUGUGGGUACUCGCGUUAGCGACCGCGUUUACUCCUCCUCGAGUGUGCUCGCUCCUCCGAUCCGUCGACUCUGCCACAACGACUCAAUUAUCCGCCGACACUACGCAGCUCGAGCAAGUUCUGAAUACUGAGUACCCAUCCUUUACCAAACUACUCUUGCAGAAAAACGCGGCAAUUUGGAAAGCGCUGGCCGACGGCGAGUCCUACACCAUUUUUGCCCCCACCGAGGACGCCAUGGCCGCACACGGCGACAAGCGCCGUCUCCAGCUAGCGGAUGACCGGAACCGCGAAACUGCGGAGCAGAUGGCGUCGUUCCACGUGGUCAACGAACUCGUGACGGCCGAUGAAUUAUUCGCGUCGGCGGGUGUGGUGACGCUCGGUGGAGUUAUCGAUGUCGGACGCAGUGUUCAAGGUGGAUUCUUCGGCAUUGGCGGAAAGGAGGACGGUGGGGUAACAGUGCAGGGCGCUAGAGUACUGCGUACCAUUCCGAUAGGAAACGAUGGCAUUCUGCACGAAAUGGACAGCAUGGUCAGUCCGGAGUUGUUGUGGAGGUACUGCGAUCAAUUGCGUAUUCCCGGGUCCAAGUAGAAAAGAUGCUACUAACGAAGCACUCUGACCUUACACGUUGUAUUGAAGCUGCCGUACGAGCCUGGAAGCUGUGCGCUAUCAAUUUAAGGUCAAGCAAGUUUAUUUUUACUCGAGUUGAGGUCACUUUGUCCUUUUCAAAAAUGCGAUUUUGAUUGAAUGUGAGAAGUAUGCUGCACCAGAGAUUAUUCGAGACUCGUUUACAUUAGCCCUAUAUGGCAGCGAUUGUCCGUAUCGAGCCGAAAAUACAGAUUCCGAAUGUUUGCUAGUGUAUCAUAGAUGCGGUAUAAAGGUGUUCCAAAACAAGAGCCAAUACUGCCUAUCUAGGAGUCAGAAUUGAAUCAAGCCCAUCCUACUCGCAGUUUGGGCUAUUCGGAUCUUUGGCCACAUACGUCUUCGAAGACCCUUACCCCCAAAGCCUGUGGUUUCGGGUAGCCGUACUGUGUGUGGCAUUCACAUAAAACGGGCCUCGAGCCACUCCCACAAACGUACAACAGCUCGCAAAGCGAACGAGUCUUAUCGUGGCAAUCAAAAGCACCGACCCGUUCAUCACGACACCGAAAAUGCUGAAAGUUUUGGGCUAGGUCGUCUACUCGAGGAAUCCAGUCUCGAUCUGGAACAAUAUUGAAUGUGAAAGAGUCAAGUGCUUCCACUGAAAUUUGGGGCUUCAAUGCUUUGCGCGUCAGUAUAGCAUUUGGCCCGGACAAUGCCACAGCUGGAACACCAGCCAUGGCACCAGUAAUAAUUGCUAGACCACCACCGAGCGAAUGACCUGUGACGGCCACCCCUUCAUACUCGUUUGGCUGGCUCUGG